AGACCUUUCCAACUUAUGUUUUCUGGGUUUUCUUUAUUUUUAUAAUAAACUUGUUUCAAAAUACACGUUGUGCAUUUAUUUGUGUUAUUUUUGCAUAUCUUAAGGAGGAGGAUGUUUAGUAGUUGCUGGUCAAACAAAACAGGAAUUCCUUUAAAGUCCGUGCUGGAAUGCCUCUGUCACAACUUUCCCCUCGGGGAGGCGGGUAAAGGAGGAGGUCUGGAGGAGGACUCAGCUGGGACUUUCCUCUCUGCCCUGGAGAAGCGGCAGAGCAGGUCAGGGCGCCGGGAGAUGUCCCUCCGCAGAUGAGGUAUGUGGGGGCUCGGUGGACUCCCCCUCCGCCCCAGAACCCUGCUGCUCUCCAUCCCGCCGUUCCUGCUCGCGCUCCAUCUCCUCCUCCUCAUCAUCGUCGGGUCAGGGCUUCCCGGAGCGGCGCACGUGCGGGGCCGCGCGCGGGACCGGGACGGAGCGGUGGCGUUUGCAGUUCUCAGCAUCGAACCGGAGAGGAGCGCGCAGCGGCGGGGAGCGCCGGUCCAGAGAGCCGUCCGGGAGGAGGAGGAGGCGGGGCGAGUUUAUGUGGACGAGAACGAGACGCACGAGCGCCAGACUGGACCCAGGGAGUUGGAGGUGCAGCUGUGGGCAGCAGACACGCCGUCCUUCGCUGCAGAGGUGAAUCGGUUCGUCGCAUACAUCAGCACUCCACAGCUGAACUGCUCCAGGGUUUUAUCUCCAGAGCAGACUCUUGCAGCUUCAUCUCGCUGGCUGCUGUGUGCUGACGACUGGCUCCUUCCUGCUGCAGAUAGACUUUGUGUUGCAUAUUCGUUCAGUAUGGAUGGAGGAGAUAAAGAGUUUCUGGAGACCGUCUCAAGGCUUGGAUGUGAAAUCCACUGUUUUGAUCCCAGCAGCUCCGAUGCAUCUGGUGGUUGCCCUGGUAACAGUUUGGCUAGUAACUGUGGUGACAGAGGCAGAGUCAGCAAGCACAAAAUGUGGCUGGAAUGGCGAGCUCAGAAGAGACGCGGGCGCAAGGCAAGAGGCGACCUGGGCCGUGUCUCCCGAACGCUGGCAAACAUCAUGGCAGCUCUGGGACACCACACAGUCCAUUUUUUGUAUGCUGACCUCUUAAGCGCUGAGUGGCGAGUUUUCCAGAGCUGGAUUGAGGCAGGAACCCUUCAGCACGUCCGUCAUCUUGUUGCCACCGUUCAUUUGCACUGGGCAGGGUUUGAAGUGGGAGGAUCAGACGAGGAGGUCCUCCGCUACUGGUACAGCGUUCUUUGGGGUCUUCAAGCCUCUGGACUCAAGCUGGUGCACAGCUCUGCAGGGGAGAGCCAUAUUGUUUUGAGACAGGCAGUGACAAACGCUCACAGCUCCUACACACUCAGCUGGGUCAACAUGCGUCACUGAGAGUCCCAUUCAUGCACUGACAUGAAGUUGAACAAACUUGCAGUUCAUGCAAGGAAGGUUGCAGAUAAAGUCACUUGCUUUUCUCCCCCUUUAAUCUCACAUGAUACCUCCCUCUAGUGGACAUAAAGUGAUUUACAUCACUAAAAAUAAUCAAGUGUGAAGAAUUGGACAAUGUCAUUGUAACAAGGGAGGAUGGGGUUGGUGGGGUAGGCGACGAGGCCAACCCAGCAAAAAAUAGAAUAAAAACAUAAUAAAAACACAUCCUGUUACAUCAUUACAUUUAAUUGAAGGACAUUUAACUAAAUUAAGUAAACAACAAUACUAUAUUGCCACAAUAAAAAAAAACCCAAAAAGUUUUUUUGAUCAAUCUUGCAAUGCCAAAUAUAGUUCUUGAAAAUUAGCUUUAAUUAACUAAAAUACAAUUCUUUUUUAAAAUAAUACACUUCAGAUGCUCUUUUAUUUAAAAUUUGAGCUACCUAUUAAUAGAAUUCACAUGACUUAUAGUAUUUAAUUUAUUUGUGUGCAUUUUGUACAUUUUUUCCACAUUUAAUAAAUACAACAGUGAAUAAGUUGAAUUUUAUUGACUUCAACCGAGCCACUUGUGAAAACACAGAAAUGUUCAAAUAUAACUGGGGCGUUUUUGUUCUGUUUUAUGCUUCAUAACUUGGGAAGAAAGUUUUCCCCAAAACAUGCAUGAGAUAUGCAGUCAUACCACAAUAAAAACCAGAUGUCAAUAUACGGUCUGUUCUUGUUUGUCCUUUGAAAAUACAGAUCGUGUGUGGGUUUUUUUUUAUGUUUGUUGGUCGUGUCCAUGCAUAUGGGUCAAAUUUAUUGUUUACUUGGUUGCAAGUAUGUUUGAAACCUACGAUCAGGAUUAAAUUCUGAGGUAUUUUUGA